AUGAUAGAAGCUAUAGAUUAUCGCGUUUCUCGAGUUGUAAUAUUAUGUAAAGAUUGUGGUCAAGAUGUUGGCUUAUAUCCUGCAAGACAUAAGUGUGUAAUGCCAACUUCAGAAGUGGUACCUGCAUUACCUGCUAUACCAAAGAAAUUCCAAUCCUCUUCAACAAGUUCUUCUAAUACGAAAAAUUUUAGUUCGAGUAACUUUAAAAGUUAUAAUUUAUGGAAUAAAAUUAUGAGCAACGCUGCUGAUAUAUACAAUAAUUCUGGUGAAGAUUCAGAUAAUGAAUCAGAAACGGAUGAUUGGGAUGGCGAAACUCAUAUUUCUCGCAUCUUAAGAGAAUAUUAUGAACGUAAAGGUAGUGACCUACCAAACUGGUUAUACGAUUACGAUUCCAAUUCCAAUACCCCAAAUAAGUCAUUUAUACCUCAAACGGAUCAUACUUUUAUUAAAAGACAAGUAUCAACGAACGGAGGCAAAAAUGUUAUUGAAUUAAAUAACGACAGAGGUCGACAGCCAAUACCUUACAAUAAUAAUUUUAUUAAUAACUCUUUUCCGAUCCCAAAUCAUUCUUCCACAAGAAUGGAAGGAAGGAGAAUAUAUAUGAAUGCGCCACCUCCUCCAAAUUCAUUUAAUCGUAUCAAUAACAACAAUACGCGUAAUGUUCAAUACCACGACAAUAUUCCUCCUUUACCAGUUUCAAGGAGGUUAAUCAAUGAUCGAAUUAACAAUAAUUUUGGUCAAAAUUCUUUACCUUCAGGACGUUAUCAACCUGUUUCAAAUUCGGAGGAUAUUUAUUCAAAAAGAUUAAUUCCCUCAAAAACAUCUUAUCAAUUUAAUUCAAGAGAACUUCAGGAUCCACGACAAUAUUCUUCUGUUAAACGUGAAAUUAGAGUAGAAGUUGGAUUUAACGGUCACAAUGGACAUCAUAAUGAACAUAAUGAACAUAAUGAACAUAAUGGGCAUAAUGUAUAUAAGGGUGGGGAUCUACGUAGCGGACAAGAUAUUCCAGUUUCAGGUUCACGAUAUUGCAUAUUUAAAAGGAUACACCGUAAUAAAGGAAUUUCACCUAAUUAA